AAAUUGACUGAAAUGGAGAAACUUCACCUGGAAGAGAAGGCAUCACUGGAAGAGAACCAAACCUGCACAAACCCAGGCGGCCAUGAUGAUAAAGCCUCAGUUGGUCCCAGCGAUGGACAGCAGGUUCAGCCCACCCAGAGGCUGCAGAACAAACACCGUUGUGACAAGUGUCUGAAAUAUUUCAGAUGGAAGACGUAUCUGAAAAUUCAUCAACACAUUCACACUGGAGAGAAGCCUUAUAGCUGCAGUCAGUGUGAGAAGAGAUUCAGACAACUGUCAAAUCUGAAGACUCAUCAGCGAAUCCACACUGGAGAGAAGCGCUAUCUCUGUGACCAGUGUGGAAAGGCUUUUAUUCAGAAGAGUAAUUUUAACAUUCAUCUGCGAAUCCACACUGGUGAAAAGCCUUAUAGCUGCAAUCAGUGUGAGAAGAGGUUCAGAGAUUCCUCAGGGCUGAAGCGUCAUCAGCGAAUCCACACUGGAGAGAAGCGCUAUCUCUGUGACCAGUGUGGAAAGGCUUUCAUUCGGAAGAGUCAUUUUAACAUUCAUCUGCGAAUCCACACUGGUGAAAAGCCUUAUAGCUGCAGUCAGUGUGAGAAGAGAUUCAGAGAUUCCUCAGGGCUGAAGCGUCAUCAGCGAAUCCACACUGGUGAAAAGCGCUAUCUCUGUGACCAGUGUGGAAAGGCUUUCAUUCGGAAGAGUCAUUUUAACAUUCAUCUGCGAAUCCACACUGGUGAAAAGCCUUAUAGAUGUGACCAGUGUGGAAAGACUUUCAUUCAGAAGGGUGAUUUUAACAUUCAUCUGCGAAUCCACACUGGUGAAAAGCCUUAUAGCUGCAGUCAGUGUGAGAAGAGAUUCAGAGAUUCCUCAGGGCUGAAGCGUCAUCAGCGAAUCCACACUGGUGAAAAGCGCUAUCUCUGUGACAUGUGUGGAAAAACUUUUAUUCAGAAGAGUCACUUUAACAGCCAUCAGCGAAUCCACACUGGUGAAAAGUCUUAUAGAUGUUAUCAGUGUGGAAAGACUUUCAUUCAGAAGAGUCAUUUUAACAUUCAUCUGCGAAUCCACACUGGCGAAAAGCCUUAUAGAUGUGACCAGUGUGAGAAGACAUUCAGAUAUCAGUCAACGCUGAAGCGUCAUCAGCGAAUCCACACUGGUGAAAAGCCUUAUAGCUGCAGUCAGUGUGAGAAGACAUUCAAACAUUCCUCAAAUCUUAAGACUCAUCAGCGAAUUCACACUGGAGAGAAGCCUUAUAGCUGCAGUCAGUGUGAGAAGAGAUUCAGACAAAUGUCAAAUCUGAAGACUCAUCAGCGAAUCCACACUGGAGAGAAGCGCUAUCUCUGUGACCAGUGUGGAAAGACUUUCAUUCAGAAGGGUAAUUUUAACACUCAUCAGCGAAUCCACACUGGUGAAAAGCCUUGUAGCUGCAGUCAGUGUGAGAAGAGAUUCAGAGAUUCCUCAGGGCUGAAACGUCAUCAGCGAAUCCACACUGGAGAGAAGCGCUAUCUCUGUGACAUGUGUGGAAAAGCUUUUAUUCAGAAGAGUCAUUUUAACAGCCAUCAGCGAAUCCACACUGGUGAAAAGUCUUAUAGAUGUUAUCAGUGUGGAAAGACUUUCAUUCAGAAGAGUCAUUUUAACAUUCAUCUGCGAAUCCACACUGGUGAAAAGCCUUAUAGAUGUGACCAGUGUGAGAAGACAUUCAGAGAUCAGUCAACGCUGAAGACUCAUCAGCGAAUCCACACUGGUGAAAAGCCUUACAGAUGUUAUCAGUGUGGAAAGACUUUCAUUCAGAAGAGUCACUUUAACAGCCAUCAACGAAUCCACACUGGUGAAAAGCCUUAUAGAUGUGACCAGUGUGAGAAGACAUUCAGAGAUCAGUCAACGCUGAAGUGUCAUCAGCGAAUCCACACUGGUGUAAAGCCUUAUAGCUGCGAUUGUUGUGAGAGGAGAUUCAAUGGUCCGUACAUGCUGAAGCGUCAUCAGCGAAUCCACACUGGUGAAAAGCCUUAUAGCUGCAGUCAGUGUGAGAAGACAUUCAGAGAUCCGUCAACGCUGAAGACUCAUCAGCGAAUCCACACUGGUGAAAAGCCUUAUAGCUGCAGUCAGUGUGAGAAGAGAUUCAGAUUUGCUUCAGGGCUGAAGCGUCAUCAGAAAAUCCACACUGGAGAAAAAGCCUGAUCCACACAAGACAGCAGCAACAUCUGGAAUGUGAGGGAACUUCUUUCUCUCCUCCUGUCUUCUAUCACUAUGGCGACAACAGCCGGUGCUGUCAGUAACAUUUAUAUCAAUAAUAAUAAC